UGGCCACCACGUGGAUGAGAGCAGAAAUUAAAGGACUUGUUUAACUUUUCUGCACAAAAAGUCAGUUAUUUGUAGUGAUUGUACAUUUCUUCCCCACUGGAUAUUUUUUACAUACUCUACAGGAGUCAAGUCUUAUUUCAUAUGCGCUCAGCAUGGAACCACUGUAACGUACUCAAAUGGAUAUUACUCGUCGUAACUUACAGCAUUGGACGGUUGCGUCACUCACUUAAUCAAGUUUAUCUGACAGAUCUUGGUGAAUAGGAGAUUUGUAAUGGCAGCUAUUGGAGAGAUCGGGACGUUUUUACAGAGCCUGGAGGGUUUCGGACAGAUCGGAUCACAGUUCUUUUUACCACCUCUUGGAGAAAACCUCGGCUUGUUGAACGACCAUUUAGUUCCCGCAGAGAGACUGUCACGGAGCGCCUCCGCAGAUUUCGCCCACUUGAAAGGGAUCCUGCGGAGAAGACAGUUGUACUGCAGGACUGGAUUUCACCUUGAAAUACUCCCGGAUGGCACUGUGCAGGGCACGAGAAAGGACCACAGUCGUUUUGGUAUUUUGGAAUUCAUAAGCCUCGCAGUUGGAUUAAUAAGCAUCCGAGGAGUGGACAGUGGUCUUUACCUUGGAAUGAAUGACAAGGGAGAACUUUACGGCUCUGAAAAACUCACUGCCGAAUGUGUCUUCCGUGAGCAGUUUGAGGAGAACUGGUACAACACAUACUCCUCUAAUCUAUACAAGCAUGGGGAGAGAGGAGCACGAUAUUUUGUGGCUCUGAACAAGGAUGGCACGCCACGUGAUGGGACAAAAUCAAGGAGACAUCAAAAAUUCACACACUUUCUUCCAAGACCAGUGGACCCUGAUAAAGUUCCAGAACUUUACAAAGAGGUGCUUGGACACAGUUGAGACUAUUAGUCAAAUUUAAGGGAUGUUAGAAAGAUGCCCAGUUUCCACUCUUCACGUGGAGGAGGUGAUAAUGGUUGGCCUUGGCCACAGUGUCCAAGCCAUAAAGAGAUGUGAGAAGUGAAUAAUAUCUGCUCUGGAAAUGCAUAGGCCAGUACUGAUGGUGAAGAAUACAGUCACAAAAGACUCCAAAAGUAAGAACGUCAAGAUGCAGGUGGUGUCCUGGUUGCUUAUAUGGUUCUAAAUGAGCCCAUACAAAGAUAUAAAUCUUAAUGAAAACUGACUAGUAGCAUAAGAUGUCCAUGAAAACCUAUGCAAAGAUUUGGACGUUUUAACAUGGUGCUGCUAUGCUGUGCUCUGGAAAUAUUCAAUAUGGGUUAAGAAGGACUUGAAGGAACAAUGCUUACGUGAUGCUCAGAGAUGACAGAACUGGGACAGUGGAGAACAGAGAUGCCAUCUCACAAGAUCUUAUUUAUACAGUUCUUGAUACACAUAGGCUAUUUAUUGUAUGUAUUUAUUUAUUUGAAAAUAUAAAUAUAUAUUUUUACAUCUUAAAGUAGAUUGUUUUUAUUAGACAUAUCAGUAGAAAGUGUGUUGAAAUAUUGACAAACUGUUCUCUUUAUAUGAUGGAAACUGUAAGUUACUUAUGAUCUCUGCUGUGAUAUUAUGGAGGGCAAGAAAGAUUUCCAGUUUCAAAUGUAUGAAGAAUGCCACAAGACUUUGUGAUUUUUAUAGAUUUGUUUUAAACAU